AUGAAUCAACGUGAUAUUCGUGUCCUUUCUUUGUACGAGUGGAAGAACGGACAUAAUACCGCGGCAGGGGCUCAGAAUUUCAUCAUGGUUGGGGUUAAGGCAAUGUUAGUGAAUCAAUUCGACCUGGAAGAUAAGGAAGGCCGCGAACGUCCCAAUGAACUUGACGAUGACGACGACUUGAAGACACUAAUGGAAGCAAACACGGGAACAAUUGUUGGAGAGCUUACAGUCCAGUGA